AGUCAUUAUAGCUUAGAAAGAAGAACGUCGGAAGCGUGCGUAAAAUGCGCAUCAGUUUGGAUUGGCACCGGCGCAAACAUGGAUAUUUUUUCCACGUUUCCUUAUGAUUAACUUUCUAAAAUUGCAGGUUUAAUCUGGAAAAGCAACACAACACUUCAGAUGUGACCGAAGGUACAUCAACUCAACCUUAGAGACAAUGCAGUAGUUGGUGCUUUCCAACUCUCUCCUCUCCCUCUAGCAGCAGUUGUGCAGUUUUCUUGAUAUGCAUCCCAGCUGUGAAGAUGACACAUGUGUCUCCCACGGAGCGGACUGUGACGGGCGAGACAUUCUCCGCUCUCCUCUGUGAUCAGGACGGACUUUUCUUUUCCAAAAGAGCGCAAAAUGAUUUCCAUCCACCUGUUCCUGAGAGGGACGGUCAUUUUCUGGACGCUGCUUCUGGGUCAUUCAGUUUUUGGUCAUGUCAAGACCCACUCUCAUGCAGAAGAUGAGCUCUUUAAGACGCUGUUCUCUGGUUACAACAAGUGGUCAAGACCUGUGCCAAAUAUCUCUGAUGUGGUCAUUGUCAAGUUUGGACUGUCCAUUGCGCAGCUAAUUGAUGUGGAUGAAAAGAAUCAAAUGAUGACUACUAAUGUGUGGCUAAAACAGGAGUGGAAUGACUACAAACUUCGCUGGAGGCCAUCAGACUAUGACAACGUAACAUCGAUCCGAGUUCCAUCAGAGCUCAUAUGGGUACCAGAUAUAGUCCUUUAUAACAAUGCUGAUGGGGAGUUUGCUGUGACCCAUAUGACCAAAGCUCACCUCUUCCACACCGGUAAAGUGCGUUGGGUCCCGCCUGCUAUUUACAAAAGCUCCUGCAGUAUCGACGUUACCUUCUUCCCCUUUGAUCAGCAGAACUGUAAAAUGAAAUUUGGCUCCUGGACCUACGACAAAGCCAAGAUCGACCUGGAGCGGAUAGAAAACACUGUGGAUCUUAACAACUACUGGGAGAGUGGUGAAUGGGCAAUCAUCAAUGCUGUGGGAACAUACAACACAAAGAAAUAUGACUGCUGCCAUGAGAUCUACCCAGACAUCACUUACUUCUUCAUCAUUCGAAGACUUCCCUUAUUUUAUACCAUCAACCUCAUCAUUCCCUGCUUAUUGAUCUCCUGUCUCACUGUUUUAGUCUUCUACUUGCCCUCUGACUGUGGGGAGAAGAUCACUCUAUGUAUCUCAGUCCUUUUAUCCCUUACUGUGUUUCUCCUGCUCAUAACAGAGAUAAUACCCUCAACAUCUCUCGUUAUCCCUCUCAUCGGCGAGUACCUCCUCUUCACCAUGAUUUUUGUCACCCUGUCAAUUGUCAUCACUGUAUUUGUGCUUAAUGUGCACCAUCGCUCACCCAGCACUCACAAGAUGCCCCGCUGGGUUCACUCCGUGUUUCUGGACCUGAUCCCACGCUGGUUGUUCAUGCGCAGGCCAGCGCCUGACGGUCGGCGCCGCAGGCUGCUGCUGCUCCAACAGGAAAUAGCAGCAGAACGGCGACAAAUUCAAAUAGCGGGGUACGAAUCGAGCCACUGCAUUAGCACCUCAUACACCUGGAUGAGAGAAGGAAGCCUGAAAAAGCUGAAAAACCCAGAGCGAAGCAGUUAUGAGGAUUUAGAGCUUGGAACACUGACAUCAUAUUUCUCUUUCCGCCCCCCGUCUCCAAGACCUCCAGAGUCCAGUCCUCCAAUGCAACAGAAAAAAAGCCAGAACUGCCAAGACUUGCAAGAUGGUGUUGCAGGAUUAACCAGACAGCCAACAGCAGCCAGGCUCAACUCAACCCAGAAACCCUCUAAAGGGGACAGUUCGGUGUCAGAGUCACCUUUCAUACUUUCUCCAAGCGUAAUGCGUGCUUUACAAGGGGUCCACUACAUUGCAGACCACCUGAGAGCUGAAGAUAUAGACUUUAGUGUGAAAGAGGACUGGAAGUACGUUGCCAUGGUUAUUGAUCGGAUCUUCCUGUGGAUGUUCAUUAUUGUGUGCCUGCUUGGAACAAUAGGCCUCUUCCUACCCCCAUGGUUAGCUGGUAUGAUUUAGCUUUUUGUGAGAAAGUUUGAAAAGAAGGAGAAAAAAAAAUUACAGCGCAAAUCCGAUUACAAUUUUUACUAGAUAGUACAACUUUUAUGAGCUCAGAAUUCCCCUUGCUUUACUAAGAAUGUUAAGACGACCAACUUCUUUUUCAGUUUUCCCUCUGUUAUUUUUAAUAUUUGUAGUUCUAUUGGCAGCUAUGGGAUCUAACAUGCAGUUUUUCAGAUUUAUUGAGUGAUUAUUGUGAAAAUUUGACACUGCGGUUUAAUGGACUUCACUGCAGCAGACUAAAUAUCAAAAUGCUAACAAUAUGCUCUAAUAAAAAUGGAUGCUGAAUUAAAUCAGUAUUGAGAUGUACCUAAAAAUAAACAUGUGAACCUUUGUGUUUGUAAAACAUCAAAUUCUGUAACAGACAAUAAUCUUUGACCUGAAUCAGUUAAGCUAAUUACAUUCAAGGUAUCAUUACUGUUAUGAGACAUUGGAUGUGUCCGCCCUAACUCCUAAAUCCCUUAAUCACUAUAUAGAGCGGCGACUAUAUAGUGAACUCAAAUAACCGUUCGGACAGAUGAUCCUUAUUUUUGGCUCCCCAUUGGUCACCCAACUCUGCCUCCCCGCAUGGUACCUGCACCAUCUUUGUUAUUUGUACCUGACAGCGGGCCGCUAUGACAGCAAAUCCCAUGAUGCUUUGCAAGGAGAGCUCCCCUUGCAAAACAUUCCAGGACCAUGGAUGAUCAUUACUUUUCAAAGUGCAUUGUGAGAAAUUUCGAGUCCACUACUUUUUCAUCCUCUAGACAUUC